AUGUUCUUUAACAACAACAAUGGUAGUCAGAAUGCGUUAAACCAAAGCAGCACCAAUAACAAUUUGAAUAGCAUGGGCAACGUGGGAAACGUGAACAACAUGGGUAGCGGUGGGCUCUUCAACAGCAGUAUGAAUGGCCAGACAAAUCUACUAAAAAAUAACGGCUUCUUCGGCAGUAACGCCAUGAACAAUCAGGACGGCACGAACAAAAACAGUAACCUUUUUGGGAACACUCUCAACUCACAGGAUAACUUGAACAAGGGGAAUUCCAUUUUUUCAAACAAUCCCAACGAUUUAAAUAAAAAUAAUAGCCUGUUCGGAAGCGCUACUUCCAGCCCUAGUGCGAACACAUCCACGAAUAGUUUUAAUCAAAAUUUGUUUAGUGCGGCGAAGAAAGAUGUUUAUCCAGGUUUCACGAGGAGCCUGGUAGGAAAUACCCCCAAUAGUGGCUCCAGUAUGUUCAAACAAAGUACCCUAGGCAGCUCCAUUGCGUUAGGAAGUCAACUAAAUGAUGAUCGCAGCACAGAAGGUGGAGGUUUAUUCUCAAAGGAACAGUUAGAAGCAGCCAAACAAAUCUUUGCCAACUCGUCGAAUGCAAAUUCGUUAGGCGGUUUCAGUAACAACAAACCAAAUAACAACAAUAACAAAUUAACAUUUAGUGGAGGAUUUUCAUCCAGUUCAAGUGCUUUUGCAAAAAAUAAUGUAAACCCAUUUCAGAGUAUGGCCCUACAAGCCACAUCACAGGGUGAUAAAUCCCCCACUUCACCUAUGCUGAGUAAUAACAACACAACCAAGUCCUUCUUUGCUAGUGCUAACAUGAACAAUAACAAUGAAGGGAAGAUAACCCCUUUUGGCAUGUCCUCCAUGAACACCCUCGGAUCAGCAAAUAAAAUGAACACAUUCGACGAGUUUAACAAAAGUAUGAAACCAUUUAAUCAAAAUGAAGGCAGUUUAUUUGGCACGAAAAGUAGCGCAAACAACAGUACGUCUCCUCCACUCCUUAACAAUUUUAAUAUCUCUUUCAGUUCAUUUUCCAAGACAAAUACAAGUGACAUUUUUAAAUCGACUAACAACACGAGUAAUACUCCCUUUUUGUCGUCGUUCAACAAAACGACCAACAAUGAAAAUCCAUUUUCGUCCAAUUCGUUUAAAUCGUCCGGCGAAGUCAAGUCAAGUGAAAAUUCAUUCCUCUUUAACAACUCCAGCAGUAGCAGUAAUAUGCCACAAACGAAUGCCUUCUCAAAUAGCUUUUCCCUCUUUGCGAAUAACCAGAGUGCAAAAGGCAUCACAACGGGGAAUGAAAAUAAAGACAGUUCCCCUAAUAACAUUUUAGCAAGUAAACCCGUUGACGGGUCAGCCAAUAUGAAUAACACUCCCGAGGAACAAACCAAAGGAGAGAAACCAAAUGACCAGCCUGGAACUACUACCCAGAAGGAAGUUCCCCAAACUGGCCAAGCAUGUCAGUCGAACCAAGGUGGUGCUGAUAAACCAGUAGAGACGGAAAAAGAAAAAGUGCUAAAAGAAACGCCCAAAGAGAAAAUACAUUCUGAAGCGAACAAACUGGAUGACGCAAAAAUAACAACAGAAUCGUUGGAACAGAGUAAAACCCUCGCCAUGGAAAAAGACAAUGCACAUGAUGAAAAGAAAAAUACACAGAGCGAACAAACAAAUUCCGCAAAUAAGGAUGAAAAAACGGAGAAAACGAAGGACAGUACCUCCGGUCUCCUCAAAAGUAACUCCCUCUUCGGUUCUUCCUUCUUUAAAAGUGACACAAAGGAAAAUGCACCAGGGGCUACCAGUUUGGAAAACAGCGAUCAGAAUAAAAUCGCCACGUCCAACUUCGUGUUCAGUUCUGCCGGGAAAAGCGAAACCAACGAAAAGGGAGCCCCCGACCAAAAGGGUCAAAUGGGCAAACCGGACGAAAAUCCUGAAAAUGGUGAAACGAACGAAAAGGCCAAAAAAGAUGAAAAAGAAGAAGCCCCAAAUGAACAACAACACACAGUGUCCAGUUCUAAGGAUAACUCACUCAGUGAACAAAAAGCGAGUGAAAUAAACUUCAACUUAAAGGAUAAACCUAUCGAGAGUGUCCAAAGAAGUGAACAGAAAGAGGACAAGGAACAGCCAGCCGAUGAAGAACAGAAGGGGAAAGAACCCUCCAGUGCCCAUAAACCGUCCAUUUUCAAUUUUAACAUUUCGCUCAGCCACGGAUCGAGCGAAACAAAGGAAAAUAAGGAAAAAACAGAUGAGGAAAGUAAAUCCGAGGUUAAGAAAGCAUCAGAUAGUGAUGCCGCCGCCGUGGGCGCAACCGAAAAAACGAGCGAAUCGAAAGCGGAUGACAAGAAAAAGUUUUGGUCCUUUUCUUUUACCAAGAAGAAGGAAACGAAGGAUCAGACGGAGUCGAAUGACCUCGGGGAAAAGAGCAAAUCGGGCGACUUCACAAAAUCGGGUGAGUUACCCAAGUCGGGUGACUUCAAAUUUGGUGAGUUCCCCAAACCAAGUGACCCCGCGAAGCCGAAGGACAUGUUCGAGAGCGCCAACAAGCUAUCCAGUUUUGGCCUAGGGCAAAACUCUCUUUUUGGCGAUAUGAACAAGAAAAAUGAACUAAAAAAUGAAGACCCUCAAAGGGGGAGCACCGUCAGCUUUCCAAAUUCUUCGUCCCUUUUUGGAAAGGCCUUCCAACCAGAGUGCGGCAAAGGUGGCUUCUUCUCCGGAGGGGCGGAAAAGAAUAAUAACUUUAGCAGUGGCAUUAACAACAGUAGUGGCAACCCCUUCUUCUCGACAAAGGCGAGCUCUUCCAUGUUUGCACCCUCCUUCGGAAACGAAAAAAACGAAACACAAAACAAGUCCCAAAUGUUUGCGCAAAAAGAAGAUGAAGACGUGGACAAGGUAGGCAAUAUGAUAAAUUUCAUUUCGCUAGAAAAUCGAAAAAAAAAUGUGUACUUAAGUAACAAUUUACAGCAUGAGGAGAAAAACACAGAAAAGCAAGAAGUUGAACAAACUGAAAAUAUAAAUCAGGUGAGUGAAAACAAAACGGUAGAUAACCAGCAGCAAUAUGCGUUUAAUUUCCAACUAAAGGAAACCAAGGGGACCCUUCGAAAUAAUGAAAAUACCAAAGAAAUGAAUUUUGAAGACUUCCCAUUUUUAUCUGAACAAAAUGCCAAAAUGCAAAUGCAAAAGCUACAAAUGGAGCAACAAAAACAGCUAGAAAAAGACAGAAAGAACGUCGAAAAAAAUAUAAGACAAAGUGAAUCGUACUUUAAGAAGGACCUGGACAAAGAAAUGAUAAUUGACGUCAUCAGUAACCUCUCCUCCUUUGUUAAAAAUAAAAUCAAUUUUAUGAAUUAUUGUUCAAAUGAAAUAUUGGACAUAUAUAACAAAGUGGCUCAUUACGAUAAAAUGUAUUCACUCAUAUUGGAAGACCAAAUAAAAAUUGAGAAAAAACAAGAAUCGCUAGAAAAAAGACUAAGACUUAUAGAGAGUGAACAGUGCGAUAUGUUGUCCCUCCUUAACGAAUUAGAUAAUGAAAAUUCUCUAGGGUUUUUAAAAAUCCUGAAUGAAAAAAAUGUAAACAAAGACGAGAUUAUCAAUAGUAAAAACCUCCAUCUGGACAUCGAAAAUUUUGAAAAGCUGGUGGACAAAAUGUGUGGCUUGGAGGAAUUAAUGAAUUCUCUCCACACCAUGGGAAAGGACGAUUUUGUGAAUGACAUUAUUAACAAAUGCUAUGUCAACGAUUUGAAUUGUGAAGCCAUUGAGAAGCAGCUGAACGGUGCGUCCGGCGAGUUGAGAAAUAUGAAAUGA